AUGCAAGAAAGAGAAGAAGUUCACGAACAGGUUGCGCGUUAUGGCGUUAUUCGGAGAAAACCGCGCCACAAUUUGGUCAAGGAAUAUUUGAAUUCAUUGUUUAGGCGAUAUAAGUACAGUCUGAAGAAUCCAAAAGUAUGCAUCCUGUAUUUUUUGAUAUUUGUGCUGAGCAUUGUUCUUAUAAAGAUAUGUGUUCUCAUCACACGUAUUCUUAUAGUCGAUUUCUCUGGCUUCAGCAUUGAAAACAUUUGGUACGAUGCGAUCGAUAAACCGGAGGAAAUAGGUGUAUCCUUUAUGUCAAGCUACCUGUGUCCCGUCAAUGUGCACGUGAAGAACUUGAAAAUCUCCAUUUGCAACGAUGGUACCGAAUUGAUUGAACUGGAAAAUAAUUCUUUUUCGCUGGAGAAAAAUAGCAGGUUAGGGUUUUCAGAUAUUCUGAAGAUCGUAAAUAUACACGCAUCAGACAUGCUCUCUUAUGUUAGCGGCAAGGAUAUCACCGUAAAAAUUAGAGCAUCGAUAAAAAUAAGAUUCUUUUUUCUUAAGUUCGCAUGUAACCAUAAGUGUAGUCGGAUAAUCUCUCCUCAACGAUCAAAAAAUACCUACAUGGUGCAUUUAACAAGAAUUCUUCUGAAUGAAGAUAUGCGGAUGGUUCAUCUCUACUUUGCAAAUACCGGACAUAUAUUUGCUGAAAAUGUGAACAUAAGACUACCAGAAGUGAUUCUUAAGGCAGCAAUUUUUGGACAGGCCUGCGACAUUGCAUUGAGCCCUAUUUCUGUCACAGGUGGUCGAAUGUGUAGCUUUGUAAAGCUUACUCUUUUCUUUAAAAACGACUUUAAUCUAAACGCUUUGUUCAUGCAUUCGUAUAAGUUGAUAACUAUGGCUGAUUCGUCAGAUUACGAGAGCUCGGAAGUGCCAAUCUACAUAGAAGGCACGAGAAAGGAAGGAUAUUCUAGUUUUGAACGCUUCUUUCACAAGUUGAAAGUUCCUGUUCAAUCGUGGCUAUCAAACAUGGGAAAAUCAGGAAAAAAUGCGGUUUUACCGAGGUUUAACUUAACGUGUUCUACUGAGGGAGAUGAAUACGCGAUAUACAUUGAUUUAAAGACGUGCAUAUCUAAAAGGGAAAUAAAUUUACUCCAUAUGCUCUACAAUUCCAAUUUGGUUCCUAUACACAUCAAUAUACACAAAUAUAAUGAUCGUAUGGACAUGAGCGAUGACUUUGGGCAGGAAGUGGAAGAAAGCCUCGGCGGGUCCGAAAAUCACGGAGAAAAAAUCAAACAAGGGAACAAUCGAAAAAGUGAACCUGGUAAAAAACCAAAGAGUGAUGAGAAACGAACACGACACGAAGAAGGUGACAGGGUUGAAACAGAUAGUGGUGCUGAUGCUAUAAAAUCAAGCAGAGGACAUUUCAAGGAUGGUACAAACGGUAGAAAGCUAGAAAAAGUGAGAAAGCAGAACAGGAAUGAAGCUGUGGAAGGUCCCAGCAUUUGCACAAUAAAUAUAAAGAGCUAUUUGAACGAUGUCUAUUAUCUGAAGGACGAUUCAGCAAUUCAGCGUGAGGCGAUACAAACGGGAUCAAUCCUAGAUAGUGCAGGAGAUGUACGUGGCGAAAACCGUGUAAGGAAGACGCGGGCUUUAUUCAAAAUUAGUUUUAAGGUGAAAUCAUGGAAUAAGUUACUGGACAGCUGUCUGUCUGGCAAAACAUUGUUUUUUGCAACUUCUUUGGAUUGCUAUGCUAGUCGCAAGAUUGAAUUUCUUUUUAACACGGAUCAGGGAAUAUUUUUUCCUAAUGAUAAACCUGGGAAAACACAACCGGUAUCGUUCUUGAUUAAGAUGCCAAAGAUAGAGCAUGUUGUCUUUACGCAUAGGUUAUCCAUAAAAAGUGGUUUGCCCAGAGGGAGUUUAACCAUCGAGUCGGAAAUUCAGCCGAGCCAAAAAAGCAGAACAAACAUACAAGAAAGCAUAGCGGGAGUGGAAAUCAUCCACGACGAAUUUGUUAAAUGCGAAAAUAUCAACACAGGAAACGACUUGUCGUUAUUAAGUCAUGAUAACAGAGAAUUGUCGAUAGAUCUGCAAUUAGGGAUCUAUAAGAUCCACAUGAUUGCUUUUGAAAAUAUGCUUUGUUAUGAUGGCGAUUAUUUGCACAUUAUUUUUCGGAGCGUGUCGAAAAUUUCCCUACUGACGAAUGAGGUAAGCCGCGAUGGACCAAUUCUAGGAAAGCCCUUGCUUGCACAUGUGGCAAUAGGGGGUGGUAAAGCAGAGGAUUACAGAUAUUUACUGGAAAGUGCCCACGGUGAUCCCUUCUACUAUGGUAUAUUGAACCGUUUGAACUUGAAAAUUGAGGAUAUCAGCGAGUCCAUAAGAAUCACGACUAAUAUGGAAGACAUUCUUACCAAUGAUGAUCCAAGAAUCACAAAUAUAAUUACAGUGCCGGAAAAACUUGUUUUUGAAGCGGGAUAUAGCAUCGACAACAUUGUAGCAAGGGUAAGUGUUGAUUUGAAUGACUCUGAGAUAGUGUACAAAGGAGAAAAAAUUUAUUUUCGUGGCCAAAAAAUUGAUGUUACGCCUGAUUUCUCAAAUUUGGUUAACCAGAAAACGGAGCUGUCUUUUUUCUGCCCCACUGAUAGCAUUUACCACGAAUUUCUUGCUCCAUGGUUUGAAACUUUCAAGUACAACAUGGCCGCAUCCAGCAAUGGAACAUUAGAUGCAAAUAUGGGUUUAGAUCCUCUGUUGAUAAAGGCAAAGGUGGGCAUUACAGGAUUCAUGGCUGCUUUAGGUGUAUGUAUUGAUCUGCCUGAAAAAUGCGUGGAUCAGCAGAAUGAAGUUAGCGACAAAUCACAGCUGGAAGGUCUUCGUGUUUCAUGGCCUGAUAUGGAAAUGACGCUAUUCUAUAAUGGCACAGAUGAAUCAAGACAGUCAAUCAUUAUUUGGCAGAUUAUGUCUUCGUAUAUUUGUCUUAAACCAUUUGGUAGAACAAAUAGCAAAUCGUUUUUUUGCCAGAAAAAGCUGUUGAAGUUUUAUCUGCGCGUGUUCUCGGCCUGGAAGCCCUCCGAUAUUGGCGAUGCUGCUUUGCAGAUGGAAUUUACAUGUGCCGGAAAAAAAUUUAUGAGACAGAACUUGAACAUGAAAAAUUACCUAAAAAAAUUUAUCGAGAGUUGGAACUAUGGUAAAGAACCUUUUUUUAUAUUUCAACUCGUUGAUUUUAUUAUUAAUGGCAAUGAAACUGAGAAUAGUGAGAGAACGAAAGAGCAAAACAGUGAGAAGAUCAGGUUCGAGUGUUCACAUACGGUUGACUAUGGUUCCUUUGAUGUUGAAUUGGUGCACAAAGGGAUUAUUAACUCCAUUUGCAGACUUUUGGGUUUCGUUGGUAAUCUCAAUUUGGGAGUGUAUCCCCGUAUGGCAAACAUAAAGCUAGAAAGUGAACAAUUUACCGCUUUGGAGAUUUCAAGUAAAAAUGUCGGGCUAAUCAGGUUGUCCGCCGAGGUUAAACACCUGUCACGCUUGCCUAUAAAGUACGACCAAACCCCUGUUGACAACAACACUAGACUUAGGAUUAACGUGCUCUAUAAAGCAUACAUUAGCAGUCUAAGUAGCAACAUUGGAGGUGAUGAGGAGUCUUCGCUGAAUUUUUCUUCUAAUAUAAGAGAUUUGUUCAAGAAAACUAGUGAAUCCCUUGAUAGGGGCGCGCUUAAGCUUAUACCCGAAGGUGAUGGAAAAUCGAUGGUCACUAUCACCUUGCCGAUGCCAAUGGAAAUCGUUAUAAAGAAAGGAAAUUGGCCAUAUAUCGGGAUAGUAUUUCUCUUAUCACGAUACCACGUAUACUUGCGAGAGGAUCCCAACGAAACAACUUUUGCCGUGUAUGUUCGACGCCUGCCUUAUAGUGUAAAACACGAUCGAAAGAACAUAUUCCUAGGUUUGUAUGGAAAAGACGGUGUGAUAAGAGUAAAUCCUGUGAAAUGUAACCUAGGAUACCUGCUAAAUAAUAAUUACAUUAGUUGGUGGUACACUCUAUCCUACCCUCUAAGCGGACGUUUGAUCGAACAUAUAAUCACCUAUAGCGCCUAUAUCGCCUAUCUCAUGAACAGAAGUUAAAAGUAAUAUUUGUACUUUUGUCCCAGUUGGUCUCUCUUUUAAUGUGGUGUGCCAGCCUGUAUUGAUGCUUGUAGACGGGUUAAAAGUCUAAUUGAAGCUUUUUAGGGAUGGAUGGGCUGAUGUUCGGAUUGCAGUAAAGUAAC